CCCGCGGCGGCCGCGGCGCUGCCCGGGCCGGGCCUCGCGGCGCUAGGGCGGGCCAGCCGCGCUAGGGCGGGCUGGCUCCCUCCGCGGGCGGGGGCGGCGGGCUGAGGGCGCGCGGAGCCUGCGGCGGCGGCGGCCCGGCGGGCGGAGCGGCGGGGGCAUGGCCGCGCGCGGCCGGCGCGCCUGGCUCAGCGUGCUGCUCGGGCUCGUCCUGGGCUUCGUGCUGGCCUCGCGGCUCGUCCUGCCCCGUGCUUCCGAGCUGAAGCGAGCGGGCCCAAGGCGCCGCGCCAGCCCCGAGGGCUGCCGGUCCGGGCAGGCGGCGGCUUCCCAGGCCGGCGGGGCGCGCGGCGAUGCGCGCGGGGCGCAGCUCUGGUCGCCCGGCUCGGACCCAGAUGGCGGCCCGCGCGACAGAAACUUUCUCUUCGUGGGAGUCAUGACCGCCCAGAAAUACCUGCAGACCCGCGCCGUGGCCGCCUACAGAACAUGGUCCAAGACAAUUCCUGGGAAAGUUCAGUUCUUCUCAAGUGAGGGUUCUGACACAUCUAUACCAAUUCCAGUAGUGCCACUACGGGGUGUGGAUGACUCCUACCCGCCCCAGAAGAAGUCCUUCAUGAUGCUCAAGUACAUGCACGACCACUACUUGGACAAGUAUGAAUGGUUUAUGAGAGCAGAUGAUGACGUGUACAUCAAAGGAGACCGUCUGGAGAAUUUCCUGAGGAGUUUGAAUAGCAGCGAGCCCCUCUUUCUUGGGCAGACAGGCCUGGGCACCACAGAAGAAAUGGGAAAACUGGCCCUUGAGCCUGGUGAGAACUUCUGCAUGGGGGGGCCUGGCGUGAUCAUGAGCCGGGAGGUACUUCGGAGAAUGGUGCCGCACAUUGGCAAGUGUCUCCGGGAGAUGUACACCACCCAUGAGGACGUGGAAGUGGGAAGAUGUGUCCGGAGGUUUGCAGGGGUGCAGUGUGUAUGGUCUUAUGAGAUGCAGCAGCUUUUUUAUGAGAAUUAUGAACAGAACAAAAAGGGGUACAUUAGAGAUCUCCAUAACAGUAAAAUUCACCAAGCUAUCACAUUACACCCCAACAAAAACCCACCCUACCAGUACAGGCUCCACAGCUACAUGCUCAGCCGCAAGAUCGCCGAGCUCCGCCAUCGCACAAUACAGCUGCACCGCGAGAUUGUCCUGAUGAGCAAAUACAGCAACACAGAAAUUCAUAAAGAGGACCUCCAGCUGGGAAUCCCGCCCUCCUUCAUGAGGUUUCAGCCCCGCCAGCGAGAGGAAAUUCUGGAAUGGGAGUUUCUGACUGGAAAAUACUUGUAUUCGGCAGUUGACGGCCAGCCCCCUCGAAGAGGAAUGGAUUCCGCUCAGAGGGAAGCCUUGGACGACAUUGUCAUGCAGGUCAUGGAGAUGAUCAAUGCCAACGCCAAGACCAGAGGGCGCAUCAUUGACUUCAAGGAGAUCCAGUACGGCUACCGCCGGGUAAACCCCAUGUACGGGGCUGAGUACAUCCUGGACCUGCUGCUUCUGUACAAAAAGCACAAAGGGAAGAAAAUGACAGUCCCUGUGAGAAGGCACGCGUAUUUACAGCAGACUUUCAGCAAGAUCCAGUUUGUGGAGCAUGAGGAGCUGGAUGCACAGGAGUUGGCCAAGAGAAUCAAUCAGGAAUCUGGAUCCUUGUCCUUUCUCUCAAACUCCCUGAAGAAGCUUGUCCCCUUUCAGCUCCCUGGGUCGAAGAAUGAGCACAAAGAACCCAAAGAUAAAAAGAUAAACAUACUGAUUCCUUUGUCUGGGCGUUUCGACAUGUUUGUGAGAUUUAUGGGAAACUUUGAGAAGACGUGUCUUAUCCCCAAUCAGAACGUCAAGCUCGUGGUUCUGCUUUUCAAUUCUGACUCCAACCCCGACAAGGCCAAACAAGUUGAACUGAUGAGAGAUUACCGCAUUAAGUACCCUAAAGCCGACAUGCAGAUUUUGCCUGUGUCUGGAGAGUUUUCAAGAGCCCUGGCCCUGGAGGUAGGCUCUUCCCAGUUUAACAAUGAAUCUUUGCUCUUCUUCUGCGACGUCGACCUCGUAUUUACUACAGAAUUCCUUCAGCGAUGUCGAGCAAAUACAGUUCUGGGCCAACAAAUAUAUUUUCCAAUCAUCUUCAGCCAGUAUGACCCAAAGAUUGUUUAUAGUGGGAAAGUUCCCAGUGACAACCAUUUUGCCUUUACUCAGAAAACUGGCUUCUGGAGAAACUAUGGGUUUGGCAUCACGUGUAUUUAUAAGGGAGAUCUUGUCCGAGCUGGCGGCUUUGAUGUUUCCAUCCAAGGCUGGGGGCUGGAGGAUGUGGACCUUUUCAACAAGGUUGUCCAGGCAGGUUUGAAGACGUUUAGGAGCCAAGAAGUAGGAGUAGUCCAUGUCCACCAUCCUGUCUUUUGUGAUCCCAAUCUUGACCCCAAACAGUACAAAAUGUGCUUGGGGUCCAAAGCAUCGACCUAUGGGUCCACACAGCAGCUGGCUGAGAUGUGGCUAGAAAAAAAUGAUCCAAGUUACAGUAAAAGCAGCAAUAAUAAUGGCUCAGUGAGGACAGCCUAAUGUCCAGCGUUGCUGGAAAAGACAUUUUUAAUUAUCUAAUUUAUUUUUCAAAAAUUUUUUGUAUGAUCAGUUUUUGAAGUCCGUAUACAAGGAUAUAUUUUACAAGUGGUUUUCUUACAUAGGACUCCUUUAAGAUUGAGCUUUCUGAACAAGAAUGUGAUCAAUGUUUGCCUUUGAACACAUCUUCUUGCUGAACAUUAUGUAGCAGACCUGCUUAACUCUGACUUGAAAUGUACCUGGUGAACAAAAUUUUUUACAGAAAUGUUGUCUUUUGAGACCCUUUGCGCCAGUCCUAUGGCAGAAAACGUGAACAUUCCUGCAAAGUAUUAUUGUAACAAAACACUGUAACUCUGGUAAAUGUUCUGUUGUGAUUGUUAACAUUCCACCGAUUCUA